AUGCAAGAACGUAUAUACUGCUCCGAACAGAUAACCAUACCGAACCAACUGCCGCAGAUCAUUAAGGAAUACUCAAAAGUGGUGUUGCGUGAGCAGCCGAGCGAUUUAAUAGAGUUUUCUAUCAAAUACUUCAAGCAACUGAGCGCCUUGCGACCGAACAGCGUUUCCCACGAGUCCUUCAGCCCCGACCUAAAACUCGUAUCGGGGAUGUAUCGAGACCUUUCGGAUAACGUCAAUCUCGAAGCAGCUGUUGAAAAAUACCUAAUCCCUCAGCCCGUUCAUCAUUCGAUCAACUCUAUGCUUCAAAUGGCACAUCUAGAACCCGAUGCGCUGACGUAUACUAUUCUUUUACUGAGCCUAGCAUACAGCUCAAUGGGCAAGGUAGUAGAGUCUGUGAUGGCUGUCACAAGUCCUACACAUAACGGUGAGAUUCGGGCUACCCUUCUUAUGCAGAUUUUUGAGGUCCUAAGCAGGUUUGAUCCUCGUGUAGAGAUAGACGUGCUUGAGGCAUGCACGGGCUGGGUCAAGACACUCGUGCAGUUCGAAGGAGAUAAUCCUAUUGUCUCCUAUCCAAUGGUUGUGAAGGCCGGCUUCCUUGGUGAUAAAAUAGGCGACAAGUAA